GAACGCGCCGGGAGCGUCCCAGAGCCGGGAGCGCGCCCCGCGGAUGACAACAAAUUCGACGCGCGGCGGCGGCGGCGGUGGAGGAGGGUGCCUAAGUACCUGCCUCGGGCCCUGCCGCCUCCCCGCGUGUUGUCUUGCAUCCCCUCUCUUUGCCGAGUAGGAUCCUUCCGGAGGUGUCCCGGGCCCGGGGCGACGGGGGCUCCCCCGCGCCUGGUCCCUGCCGGGCCUAGCGCGAGCGACGCGGCACCGGCGAUGGGGUCGCCCUGAGGGACGCCCGGCGCCGAGCGGGCAUGGAGGGGCCGUCCCGGGCUUAGGCCCCGCCGCGGACCGGGGACGCCGGCCGGGACCCGAGGCGCCGCCGCCGCGGCCUGGAGCCGGAGCCUGGGCCCCAGGGCCGGAGCCGCCGCCUGCAGUCCCCGCGGGCCCCGCGGCCAGCCCUCGUCAUGCCUUGGCCGUUUUCGGAGUCCAUCAAGAAGAGGGCCUGUCGGUACCUUCUGCAGAGGUACCUGGGCCACUUCCUGCAGGAGAAGCUGAGCCUGGAGCAGCUCAGCCUGGACCUGUACCAGGGCACCGGGUCCCUCGCCCAAGUCCCUUUGGACAAAUGGUGUCUCAAUGAGAUCCUGGAGUCGGCAGAUGCGCCUUUAGAAGUCACUGAAGGAUUCAUACAGUCCAUUUCUCUGUCAGUUCCAUGGGUCUCCUUGCUACAGGAUAAUUGUGCACUGGAAGUGAAAGGGCUAGAAAUGGUCUUCCGGCCUAGACCUCGCCUAGCAACUGGUUCUGAGCCUAUGUAUUGGUCAAGUUUCAUGACCAGCAGUAUGCAGUUGGCAAAAGAAUGUCUUAGCCAGAAAUUAACGGAUGAACAAGGAGAAGGAUCCCAGCCUUUUGAAGGACUUGAAAAGUUUGCUGAAACCAUUGAAACAGUGCUAAGAAGAGUAAAAGUCACUUUUAUAGACACUGUCUUGAGAAUCGAACACGUGCCAGAAAAUUCCAAAACUGGAACUGCACUUGAAAUUCGAAUAGAAAGGACCGUGUACUGUGACGAAGCUGCUGAUGAGUCCGCAGGAAUGAACGUGCAUCAGCCUACAGCGUUUGCGCACAAGUUGCUGCAGCUCUCCGGAGUGGCCCUCUUCUGGGAUGAGUUUUCUGCGUCAGCAAAAUCCUCCCCAGUGUGUUCAACUGCACCAGUGGAAACUGAGCCAAAGCUGUCACCUAGCUGGAAUCCCAAAAUUGUCUAUGAGCCACACCCACAACUAACUAGAAAUUUACCAGAGAUGGCACCUUCUGACCCAGUGCAGAUUGGAGGGCUGAUCGGUAGGUUGGAGUUGAGUCUCACGUUGAAACAGAAUGAAGUACUUCCUGGAGCUAAGUUGGAUAUUGAUGGACAGAUAGACUCUAUUCACCUAUUCCUGUCACCGAGGCAGGUGCACUUGCUUUUGGAUAUGUUAGCAGCUAUUGCCGGACCAGAAAAUUCUAGCAAAAUAGGAUUAGGUAAUAAAGAUAGAAAAAACCGACCUAUGCAGCAGGAAGACGAAUAUCGAAUUCAGAUGGAAUUAAACCGGUAUUAUUUGAGAAAAGAUUCCCUCUCCGUGGGUGUAUCUUCAGAGCAAAGCUUUUAUGAGACAGAAUCUGCUCGGACACCUUCUAGCCGUGAAGAAGAAGUUUUCUUCUCCAUGGCCGAUAUGGACAUGUCCCAUAGUCUCUCUUCUCUUCCACCCCUUGGAGACCCUCCAAAUGUGGACCUUGAGUUGUCGUUAACUAGUACAUAUACAAAUACUCCAGCAGGAUCUCCAUUAAGUGCUACUGUGCUUCAGCCAACGUGGGGAGAUUUCCUUGAUCAUCAUAAAGAACAGCCAGUAAGAGGGUCAGCAUUGCCAUCCAACCUGGCGCCCCCACCAGCUUUACAGAAAACUUCUCUCCCAUCUAGAUCUGUUUCAGUGGAUGAAUCCAGGCCUGAACUUAUUUUUAGACUAGCUGUGGGAACCUUCUCCAUCUCUGUGCUUCACAUCGAUCCUUUGUCUCCACCUGAAACGUCAUUGAACCUUAAUCCAUUGACACCUUUGGCGAUAGCUUUUUUUACUUGCAUAGAAAAGAUUGACCCAGCAAGAUUUUCAGCAGAUGAUUUGAAGUCUUUCCGAGCAGUAUUUGCCGAAGCUUGCAAACACGAUCACCUUAGAUUUAUAGGUACUGGCAUCAAAGUGUCCUAUGAACAAAGACAAAGAUCAGCUUCCCGAUAUUUUAGUACGGAUAUGUCCAUUGGGCAAAUGGAACUUUUGGAGUGCCUGUUUCCAACUGAUUUUCAUUCUGUUCCUCCUCACUACACAGAGCUUUUAAUGUUUCAUUCCAAAGAGCGGACUGAUUCCCAUCUCCCUGUGUGUCUUCAGCUCCAUUAUAAGCAUUCUGAGAAUAAAGGACCCCAGGGUAAUCAAGCAAGACUUAGUUCUGUUCCUCAGAAGGCAGAAUUACAAAUUAAGUUAAGUCCAGUGUUCUGCGAGCUGGAUAUCAGUAUUGUGGACAGAUUAAAUUCCUUGCUUCAACCACAGAAACUUACUACAGUGGAAAUGAUGGCAUCUCACAUGUAUACGUCCUACAAUAAACCUAUUAGUCUGCACAAGGCUUUCACCGAAGUAUUUCUGGAUGAUUCACAUAGUCCUGCAAAUUGUCGGAUAUCAGUCCAGGUUGCCACACCGGCAUUAAACCUUUCAGUCCGCUUCCCAAUACCCGAUCUUCGGUCAGAUCAGGAAAGAGGACCGUGGUUCAAGAAGUCGCUUCAGAAGGAGAUCCUUCAUUUAGCAUUCACAGAUCUAGAAUUUAAGACUGAAUUUAUAGGAGGAUCAACCCCAGAACAGAUUAAAUUGGAACUUACCUUUAGAGAACUAGUUGGGGCAUUCCAGGAAGAGAAAGGAGAAUCAUCUGUUAAGUUUUUCCAUGUGUCUAGUGGGGUAGAUGGAGAUACAGCAUCAUCAGAUGACUUUGACUGGCCACGAAUUGUACUGAAAAUAAAUCCGCCAGCCAUGCAUUCCAUUCUGGAGAGGAUAGCAGCCGAGGAAGAAGAGAGUGAUGGCCGCUAUCAGGAAGAAGAGGAAGGAGGUGCUCAUUCCCUAAAGGAUGUUUGUGACCUGCGAAGACCAGCCCCAUCUCCCUUUUCUUCUCGCAGAGUCAUGUUUGAAAAUGAGCAGAUGGUGAUGCCAGGAGACCCUGUGGAAAUGACAGAGUUUCAGGAUAAAGCAAUCAGCAAUUCUCACUAUGUGCUGGAACUUACAUUACCCAGCACUCAUAUAACACUACCUAAUAAAAGUUUUUAUGAGAAGCUGUAUAAUAGGAUCUUUAACGACUUGCUGCUCUGGGAACCAACUGCCCCUUCGCCAGUGGAGACAUUUGAGAAUAUUUCAUAUGGUAUUGGUCUUUCCGUAGCCAGUCAACUGAUUAAUACCUUCAACAAAGAUAGUUGUAGUCAAUUUAAAUCUACAGUUCACUAUGAUGAGGAAAGUGGAUCUGAGGAGGAGACGUUGCAGUAUUUCUCUACCCUUGAUCCCAACUAUCGUUCCCGUAGGAAAAAAAAACUAGACUCUCAGAACAAGAACUCACAAAGUUUUCUCUCAGUUCUUCUGAGUGUUAAUCAUGGGUUAAUGGCAGUGUUCACAGAAGUAAAGCAAGAUAAUGGAGACCUGUUGGAGAACAAGCAUGGUGAAUUCUGGUUAGAGUUCAAUAGUGGUUCCUUGUUUUGUGUGACAAAAUACGAAGGUUUUGAUGACAAGCACUACAUCUGCCUUCAUUCUAGCAGUUUCAGUCUAUACCACAAAGGCAUAGUGGAUGGAGUGAGUCUUCCCACAGAAACACGACUGCCCAGUUCAACCCGCCCGCAUUGGUUGGAACCAACUAUUUAUUCCUCUGAAGAAGAUGGCCUCAGUAGAGCUGCUUCAGAUGGUGUCGGAGGUGACACUUCGAAUAUGCUCUCUGUCGCAGUUAAAAUACUGUCUGAUAAAUCGGAGUCCAAUACAAAGGAAUUUCUCAUUGCUGUAGGAUUGAAAGGAGCCACACUCCAGCACAGGAUGCUUCCUUCUGGGCUUAGCUGGCAUGAACAGAUUUUAUACUUCUUGAAUAUUGCUGAUGAACCUGUCCUGGGAUAUAAUCCUCCAACUUCAUUUACAACUUUUCACGUUCAUCUCUGGAGCUGUGCACUUGAUUAUAGGCCUCUUUAUUUGCCGAUCCGAUCUCUUCUCACUGUGGAAACAUUCAGUGUAUCGAGUAGUGUGGCCUUGGAUAAAUCAUCAUCUACACUCAGAAUAAUCUUGGAUGAAGCUGCUUUGCAUCUGUCUGACAAGUGUAAUACUGUUACUAUAAAUCUGAACAGAGAUUAUGUUCGUGUGAUGGAUAUGGGGCUUUUGGAAUUAACCAUAACUGCAGUGAAAUCUGAUUCUGAUGGAGAGCAAACUGAGCCGCGCUUUGAGCUACACUGUUCGAGUGACGUUGUCCAUAUCAGAACAUGCUCGGACUCUUGUGCUGCGUUAAUGAAUCUCAUUCAGUACAUCGCAAGCUAUGGGGACUUACAUGCGGCUAACAAGGCGGAGACGGAGCCUGGAGCCCCUGAAAGAAAGACAAAGGUAGAUUCCGGUGGCCGCUCAUCCUCACGAGGCCCAGUACUUCCCGAAGCAGAUCAACAGAUGCUACGGGAUUUGAUGAGUGAUGCUAUGGAGGAGCUUGACCUGCAGCAGGCCACUGCGUCUGCACAAGGCCAGUCUAACGGUGUUUUGAAUGAAAAAUCUCAGAUUCAGGAGCCAUGUUGUUCAGACCUCUUCCUGUUUCCAGAUGAGAGUGGGAACGUGUCUCAGGAGCCCGGCCCUGCUUACACCUCGUUCACACACCACCUGAUCAGUGAUGCAAUGACAGGUGCUCCCACUGAGAAUGACGACUUUUGCAUUCUUUUUGCACCAAGAGCAACUAUUCAGGAGAAGGAAGAAGAACCAAUUGUAAAAAUAAUGGUUGAUGAUGCAAUUGUAAUAAGAGAGAAUUAUUUUAGUCAGCCCAUUAAGAAGACAGAUACAAGCAAAGCCCCAUUGCACUUUCCCAUCCCUGUCGUCCGGUAUGUUGUUAAAGAAGUCUCUCUUGUUUGGCAUCUUUAUGGAGGAAAGGAUUUUGGAACAGUCCCUCCUACUUCUCCAGCUAAAAGUUAUAUCAGUCCUCACAGCUCACCUUCUCACACACCCACGAGGCAUGGACGUAACAUGGUGUGUGGGGGAAAAGGAAGAAAUCAUGACUUUUUAAUGGAAAUACAGUUAAGCAAGGUGAAGUUUCAGCACGAGGUCUACCCCCCUUGCAAGCCGGAAUGCGAGUCCAGCCUCUUAGAGCACCCAGUCUCCCGGCAGGUGUUCAUCGUGCAGGAUCUUGAAAUUCGAGAUCGUCUGGCAACAUCACAAAUGAAUAAGUUUUUGUACCUGUAUUGCAGUAAAGAGAUGCCUCGAAAAGCUCAUUCCAACAUGUUGACAGUGAAAGCGUUACAUGUGCGCCCGGAGUCUGGCAGGUCACCGCAGGAAUGCUGCCUAAGAGUGUCACUGAUGCCACUUCGCCUCAAUAUUGACCAGGAUGCCUUGUUCUUCCUGAAGGAUUUCUUCACGAGUCUUUCGACAGAAGUAGAGCUUCUCAUGGCUCCAGAUCCAGAAGUCAAGAAGUCUCCUGGAGCUGACGUCACCUGCAGUUUGCCGAGGCAUUUAAGCACCUCAAAGGAGCCAAAUCUCGUUCUUUCUUUCCCUGGGCCGAAGCAGCCUUCCCAGAACACCAGUGUCAGCUCCGUGGAAGUGGUUAACCGGGAGGAACAGAAGGACUUCUCAGCUGAAGAAGCAGCAGUUAGUGAUCAGCCUGUGUUUUUUAGAGAAUUUAGAUUCACAUCAGAAGUUCCUAUUCGACUUGAUUAUCACGGCAAACACGUGUCAAUGGAUCAGGGCACGCUAGCAGGGAUCCUGAUCGGUCUGGCCCAGUUAAACUGCUCGGAACUGAAGCUGAAACGCCUUUUCUACCGGCACGGCUUGCUAGGUGUUGACAAAUUGUUUUCGUAUGCCAUCACCGAAUGGCUCACGGACAUUAAGAAGAACCAGCUACCGGGGAUCUUGGGAGGCGUUGGGCCUAUGCACUCUCUAGUACAAUUAGUGCAAGGCCUGAAGGACUUGGUCUGGUUACCCAUUGAGCAGUACCGGAAGGACGGGCGCAUCGUCAGAGGGUUUCAGAGAGGCGCUGCCUCCUUUGGCACUUCCACAGCAAUGGCUGCUCUAGAACUCACAAACAGAAUGGUUCAAACCAUACAGGCAGCAGCAGAGACUGCUUAUGACAUGGUGUCUCCUGGGACCCUUUCUAUCGAGCCCAAGAAGAUCAAAAGGUUUCCUCAUCACCGCCUAGCCCACCAGCCAGUGGACCUGCGGGAAGGUGUGGCCAAGGCCUACAGUGUUGUGAAAGAGGGACUUACAGACACGGCUCAGACUAUUUACGAAACCGCAGCUCGAGAACACGAGAGCAGAGGGGUCACCGGCGCCGUGGGCGAGGUCCUGCGCCAGAUUCCUCCCGCGGUGGUGAAGCCUCUGAUCGUUGCCACAGAAGCAACAUCAAAUGUAUUAGGUGGCAUGAGAAACCAAAUUAGACCAGAUGUUCGGCAGGACGAGUCCCAGAAAUGGCGCCACGGGGAAGACUGACUUUUCAGACGUGACUCUUCGUGAAGACAGCGCGGGGGGGGGGGACACAAGGAGCAUAGCGUCCCGUCGGCAGCUUCAGAGGGAACUCAUUUAAUUUUAUUGUGCUCAUCUCAGGAACAAAAGCGUUUCUCAGUUAAAUAAUUUAAUAUCAAAAAAACACGCAACCAAAAACUUGUGACGUUUCAGGGCUCGUUUGGUACUUGCCUGUAGAAAUGUUUGGCGGCUGGUGUCAGAAGUCCUAAGCGUUGGCUGCUGAGUGAGUGAAACGCUUGCUUUUAUCGAAAUGGCUACAAUUCUCCUUGCUGGAGACGAGAGAGCAUUGGAAGCCGCCUGUUACAGUGGAGCGUUCGGAAACGUGUCGCUUUGAAAGGACCAUUUAUGUUGCCCCGAGGAGCUGAUUUUUCUCAAGGUUGAAAAAGAACCACAGCUUCGAAACUUCCAUUGAGAACGAGAGACCGAGGCUCCAGGGAAAGCAAAGCAAAUAGGAUCUUAAUAUAAAUAUCACUGAGGAAUAACUAACCUAGUCGGUUGGAGUUAGCGUCCGUGCACUUGAGAACACGAUUUCCAUUUCCUCAGAAAACCUUUCUGUGGGAGUUUGAGAACGUGAAUGUCGCAGACGUGUUCUGUUGUGUUGCACUUUAUCCUGUGUGUGUGUGUGUGUGUGUGUGUGCGUGUGCGUUUAGGUUAAUACAAGUCGAGAUACAUUCGUUAUGUAAUUUACAGAUUUUCACAAAAUAUAAAGAGUAAACUGAGUGUUUUUGGCGAAGGAAGCUAAUAACUCAAUCGUAAUAACUUCCAUUUAUUUGAAGUGUAAACGAAAAUGUGCACUCUAUGAUGAACUGGGGCCCAUAUGAUUGUUUAUAUGUUCAGUUUUCAGCAGGGAUAGUGCAGGCUUGUUAGGACUGUGUGGAGAGGGUGAUUGGAAAUGAUUUUUACUCUUGUGAAAUUAACCAAAAAUCCUCCAAAUAUGCCCUAGUCAGCUAUUUCGAAGUACCGUUUUUACUUGGUUAACGAUGUACGUUUUGAUAACCUGUCAGGAAUGAAUAAAGUAUUUUUAUUUAAAGGUAAAAUUGUUUUAUGCUUCCAUGAAUAUUUUGCUUGUCUUAGAGCAUAUUUAUAGAUGCAGUACUAGGAUCCAUCCCAAGAUACCUGGGGCACUUUCUCAAAACUGAUUUUGGUUCAUAGCAAGGAAAUCCUUACCUAGGAGUGAGAGGGAAGUUGUCCGCAAGAACUCCAUUUUUGACUUUCGGUUGAUCUGGCAGAAAGCAAGUGGGGGACUUUGUUUGUCCAGUGUUUACAGCUGCAUGAUGGGACUUCUCAUUUCCCAGAGUGGGGAGACUCACGUCUUUGAUGUGAGUUUGGAUUUCAGAACUGCUUCUCAGCCAGGGGUUUGAAAAAUGAUGUGGAAUUGAUUUCAUUCUCUAGGUUCUCUGAACAAGAGGGCAACGUAGACCAAAAAUCUGGGCCUUUAACAUUGAAGAAAGUUGUGUUAAACAGUGUUUAAUUUUUAUUCUGUUUUCCUUUGUACUGUUGAAAAAACUCAGAGAAGCGCCUGUUUAAGUGUCACGGAACUUUCUUUGCGCCUGUAAAAUGCAGUCUGUGUAAAAUGGGAUCCCGAGGAAACACUAGCCACACCCGUUCAUCAUCACGAAGCCUCAGCCUGCUUUGGGGGCACGUUCCGACCACCCUGCUCACCGACCCCUCCAUGUUCCAGGUUCCUUAGAACAGAGCAUACUGUGUAUGUGAUCUGUGAUGAUGAAUCAAACAAACUGGAUUAAACUUAACGUAUAGAAGAGCUUUACAUUUUCCGUAGUUACACCGAUUAUUUAAGUUCAGUUAGAUACAGCAUAGGGAGAAGUAAUCAUCCUCGUCUUUGUACUCUGAGUUGUAAAUACACUGGUUUUUCAACACAUUCGGUUUAUAAAUCCUGUUUUGACCUACAUCUCCAUAACGUAAUCUCCACGGCCCGUGUCCUGUGCUCCUGCACCUGCUGUCCACAGCGUCUGUUUGGGAACCAGAAACCUGCCUCAGAAAGGUCCGGUCUCGAGGUUCUGUUCGCUGCCUCUUUAAUCCAGAUGGUCUUUACUGGAGAUGUUUAUGUGGGUCAUAUCUGAACCCUUCUGCAUAAUUAAGUAUCUUCUAUUUUUUCUCUUAAAAAAAACGUCUCUUCCAGCUUUUAUGUCGCAAUGACGCAGUAAGAAGAUCGUUGGGCAGGGCCCUUGGGCUGCCAGGUCCGCUCUCACUAGGCAGGUGACGUGGCCAAGACAUUUGAUUUCUCUUCAGUCUCAGCGUCUGCCUGUAAACUAAGGGGGUUUUGGGUGACAGAGCCCAACAGAGACUUUUGGCUGAUGAGGGCGUGUGUGCGCGCGUGUGUGUGUGCGCGUGUGUGUGAAUGGCGGUGUGGGAUGUAGCGCUUGAUAGAGGGCCCCAGUCCUGCGACACCUCGCGCUGAUGGCGCCGAAGGAGAGCGCCCACGGCAGCCGUGGGCUCCCCUAGAUCUGGGAUCUCUCCGAGUGCUGCAUUUGAGUGGCUGCGGUGGCCGCGUGGUUGACUUUUGAGGUGCGGUUCUGAACGGAGCGGACUGCGUCCGUCUGCUUGGUGCUGCCUGGCGGCCGAACGGGCAUCUCCCCAAGGAGUCCAGCGAGCAAGCUUGACCGAGAUCCGUCAGCGAGUCUUAGAAUAGACAGUGUUACAGAGACGUGUGAGGACCACUCGAUUAAGACCGCGACGUCCAUGGCGGUACCUUCUCUUGAACGGGGACUGACUUGCACUCCCAGUUGCCCUCUCUGUCCCCAGAUUGCUGUUAUUUACAAGUAGGACAUCCACUUUAAGAUUUGCCUUUUAGGAUAGACCUAGUGUUUCUUCUAGACAGAGCAGUAAACGUCCAUGUUAGCCACGUUUGGGUCCAAUUUGGAUUCCCGCUUAUGCGCAUGUAUUUAACAUCGAUGUUUUUAUAACGCAAAACUCGCUUUAAGAAAUCUUUCCAAGCAGCCGUGUGCCUAAAAUGGCAAAAAAUACUAAACACCGGUGUUUCCUGCCUCCUGCUGUGUGUGUCACUUUUCCAGUAAAGUCCUGUUUACUUUGUAAUCGUCCCCUUUCGAAAGCCGCGUUCUGUAGGCUUGGGGCCUCUGUUCAGUUUCUAAGCCAUCUAGACAACUCUGCCUCUCCCGUGCGGGGGCCGCGUGUCCCGGCGUGUUUGGUUCGGGUUCUGUGCGCUGUGCGUACUCUCACCAGAGCGCCGAGACAGCGGGCAGUGUCGGAGUCCGGCAGUUUGCAACGAGGACACUUGCGCUAACUGGCUUCCGGGUUGACAGCUGCGAAGAGCUUCGGGCGUCGACUUGAAUCACUGGCCUUUGUUUCCGUUUUCUUACACCUGCAUUGGGCGUCUUCCCUCAGAAUCGUGGGGAGGAAGCGUGGCAGGGCUGGUGUUCCGUGGUGAGCAGUACUGUUUCCCCUCCCAUCCUCUUAACCUGCUUAGGACCUUCGGGACCAGGUCGAGAGAGUUCUUUAAGCUCGAGAGGAAGGGACUGUCAAAAACUCGUGACCCUCUUUGUAUCUGCAGGUGGAUGAGACAAGCCAGCUGAUAUCAAGUAGAAUAAAUCAAAUACGAAUUUGUGAGUCUUAGGUGUAACGAGGAAGGUUAUGUAUAUAGCGUAGAGUUAACGUAGGGGAAAAAAAUCUUUUGUCGAGCAAGCCCAUUUCUGCUAGUCUUUUCAUAUAACAAUAGCUGAGUGCUUUGAUGCCAAUGUAAGUCCCUAUCGCCGGGGUCAGCCAGGCACACCGCUCCCCUCAGUAGACUUCAUAAACACAGCUGUCAUCAGCCCGCUUACGCGGGGAGUAUUUUCCUUUCAUUGUAGUCUGCACACCACAGGUAGAAAAGGUGUUCUAACACCAUCACGAUGGGCUGCUUUUGGGAGGAGAAAUUUGAGUGCCAACAAUUCCCAUUUCGAGAUGUCAGCAGUUUUCAAAAACAUUGGUGUUAGAGAUCUUUGCCUCCUGGGCCAACCAUGGGCACCUUGGUUUCGAGUGCCCCCUGCUGACGGUCAGGAGGUGGCAGGUGUGACGCUGGCUGGCUCCGUGACCUCUCUCCAGGGCAGUGCAUUGUUGACGUAGCAGCCCCCCCUUUAAGAAAUGUGUUUAUCUUGCUGUUCGACACGUAUUUUGUAUAUUUGAAAUGGCAGCUUCUAGUUUCUAGUUGGAUUCGUCUUCUCUCGUUUCUAUAGAACUCGCCGAUCACCCAGGACCGGUUGCUUUUUGAUGGUGGAAUUUGGAAGGGGUGCCAAGUUUGGCUCUUCUGUGAAUCCAUCCCGACUUCAGAGAUUGAAUUUAAUCUCACGACAAUGUUGUGUACUCGUUGCUAAGUUUUCUAGUUUCCCUAAGGUAAUUUUGGAUGUGAAUACUUUAAGAAUACCGAUGCUAUAUGAGUAUUUUUGUGGAAAUGUAACUUUUUGUCAGUGUGACUGUUGAAAAUAUUAUGAAAUGAAGAGAACUCUUGAAGAAAAUUAAAAUAUUUACUCUUUGGA